UUACACGGAAAGGUCUGAAACAAUGGAGGACGAAGAAGAAGAACCACCUCUAGCAGUUGAGAUCAACCAAAUCAUCGAAUCACAGCCGUCCGAUCAACGGCUUGAAAACACCGAAGCUUCACCGGUCGGCGUCACCGUCAUCACAGGCUAUCUCGGCGCCGGUAAAUCCACUCUGGUGAAUUAUAUAUUGAAUGCCCAACAUGGGAAGAGGAUAGCUGUGAUAUUGAAUGAGUUUGGUGAGGAGAUUGGAGUGGAAAGAGCGAUGAUCAACGAAGGGGAAGGAGGUGCCCUCGUCGAAGAAUGGGUUGAGCUGGCUAAUGGGUGCAUUUGUUGCACUGUCAAACAUAGUCUGGUUCAAGCUUUGGAGCAGCUUGUUCAGAGAAAAGAAAGGCUUGAUCAUAUAUUACUAGAGACCACAGGAUUGGCAAACCCUGCUCCUCUGGCAUCAGUGCUUUGGUUGGAUGAUCAGCUAGAAUCAGAUGUGAAGCUUGACUCUAUUAUAACUGUUGUAGAUGCCAAAAACCUUCGUUACCAGCUAAAAAAGAAUCAUGACUCAUCUUCAUUCCCUGAAGCCUUUUUACAAAUAGCAUUUGCGGAUGUUGUAAUUUUGAACAAGGUUGAUCUGGUUUCUCCAGUUGAAUCUGGAGGUGUUUUAGAGGAACUAGAGAACGAGAUACACAGCAUCAAUUCCCUUGCAAAUAUUAUUCGAUCUGAACGGUGCCAAGUUGACUUGUCAAAGAUCUUAAACUGCCAGGCCUAUGAUGCUUCACAUGCCACUCAUUUGGAAGCACUGUUGGAAGAAAAUAAAUCUUUGACUUCUAAAGAUCUUCAUGAUAGUGGUGUCAGAACCUUAUGCAUUAGUGAGCCACAUCAGGUUGAUCUUGGUAAGGUACUUCUCUUAAAGGGUUACUUCACUCAAAACCCACUUAUUUUCUGAAUUGUACGAGAGACAGAGAAAAACAGAAAGAGUCUGAUCGCCAGCAGAAGGAGGUGGCAAACCCAGUCGCUGGCUAACAUGGGAAGGGAGUAUGGGGUGGCCUUUGGUCUUUUUGUUACUGGAGUUUUGAUCAUGUCACUUGUGGAGGAAAAAGGAUUUUGUUCAUGCCACACUGCAAAACAAGCUCAUGUCUUACACUAUCCAUUAAGUUAAUGGUAGUAUUGUAGUCCAAACCAUCCAAAGCCACAAGCCGGUGAAGUCGCUUGAAAAAAAUUUUACCCAAUUAUAUUUCUGGACUUUAUUUUUUCACUGAUGGUUGAUCUCUUCUUCUAGUAUAUCAAAUAUAUUAACCUCAUGAACAAGACAUCUGAAAGCUUUAUGUGUUACACUUGAUAAAAUUUGUUGGUAGGUGAUGUUUUUGAACACAUAUUUCAAGUAGAUGGUGUUUGAUGUCCCACCUCCCUCCCUUCCUUUCUCCCUCUUUAUAAACAGGUUCGGAUGUGGCUCGAGGAGAUUCUUUGGGAUAAGAAAUAUGGCAUGGAUGUUUAUCGUUGCAAAGGAGUUUUGUGUGUCGUAAACUCAGAUCAACUUCAUACUCUACAGGCUGUGAGGGAGAUAUAUGAGAUUGUUCCAGGACGCAAAUGGAGAAAGGAAGAAAAUCAAACGAACAAAAUUGUAUUCAUAGGUCAGUCGCUAAAUGAAGAAAUCCUUAUUGAUACAUUAAGAAACUGCACCGUGGCGAUUUCUUAAUUUUGGACUCUCUCAUCUCUUGGUGUUGGAACUCCAAGAUAUGAAAGAAUGAGCUGCUGCACUUCAUGGUUGAAGCUGAGAAAUAUUCAAGUCCUUAGAUUGGUUGCCAUGCAGGCAUUUUUCAAUAUAACGAGCUAAGAAUUGUACUCAUACAUUUACUUUGGUUCUUCAAAGAAUUCAUUAGUUUGGUUUAUAUAUUUUUUGAUGUAGAGCCAAGGAUCAAAAUUUCAGUUCGG